GGAGAGAGACAGGGUCGGGAGAACGACCGUUCCUUUGGGGGAGAGGCACGUGUACCCGAGUGUGUGUGUGCGUGCGUGUGCGUGUGUGUGUGUGCUGCACGGUUGCACGUUGUGUCUAUGUACCUGCAGGCUUGUGCUUGUUUGUCCCGUGGAGUCAGCUCUCUGUUCUAUGCCCAGAGAGUGUGCAGGUCCGUCCUGCCUGGGUUUGGACCUUGGGCCCGGCCAUUUGCGUCCUUGCCUUCACCACUGUGGGUCAAUCUCCAUUUGUGUUUCGUGCAUGGUUUAUUGUUUCUGAAACGUAAAUUCCCGGAGGAAUUAUUAAACGUGUCUGCUCUCACCUGGCUACUAACAUCGAGGCUCGCCCCCUUCUCUCGGCAGCCUGGGGCCGAGGCCAGGGCCACUAUGGCGCUACCUCCUGAGCCAGCUACCCUCCCGCACACACUGCUGCUCCUGCCAGCCCUUCUGAGUUCAGGUUGGGGGGAGUUGGCGCCCCAGAUUGAUGGUCAGACCUGGGCUGAGCAGACACUUCGAGAGAAUGAACGCCACGCCUUCACCUGCCGGGUGGCAGGGGGGCCUGGCACCCCCCAAUUAUCCUGGUACCUGGAUGGACAGCUGCAGGAGGCCAGCACCUCAAGACUGCUGAGCGUGGGCGGGGAGGCCUUCUCUGGAGGCACCAGCACUUUCACUGUCACUGCCCAGCGGGCCCAGCAUGAGCUCAACUGCUCCCUGCAGGAUCCGGGCAGCGGCCGGUCAGCCAACGCCUCUGUCAUCCUCAAUGUGCAAUUUAAGCCGGAGAUUGCCCAGGUUGGGGCCAAGUACCAGGAAGCUCAGGGCCCGGGCCUCCUGGUCGUCCUUUUUGCCCUGGUGCGUGCCAACCCACCUGCCAACGUGACCUGGAUCGACCAGGAUGGGCCGGUGACUGUCAACACCUCUGACUUCCUGGUGCUGGAUGCCCAGAACUACCCCUGGCUCACCAACCACACCGUGCAGCUGCAGCUUCGCAGCCUGCCACACAACCUCUCGGUGGUGGCCACCAACGACGUGGGUGUCACCAGUGCCUCGCUCCCGGCCCCAGGGCUCCUGGCCACCCGGGUCGAAGUGCCACUGCUCGGCAUUGUUGUGGCUGGAGGGCUUGCCCUGGGCACCCUGGUGGGGUUCAGCACCUUGGUGGCGUGCCUGGUCUGCAGGAAAGAGAAGAAGACCAAAGGCCCCUCCCGGCGCCCAUCCCUGAUCUCUAGUGACUCCAACAACCUGAAGCUCAACAAUGUGCGCCUGCCCCGGGAGAACAUGUCCCUCCCGUCCAACCUGCAGCUCAACGACCUGACUCCGGAUGCCAGAGGGAAACCAGCGGACCGGCAGACAGCUCAGAACAACAGCCGGCCGGAGCUUCUGGACCCGGAGCCUGGAGGUCUCCUCACCAGCCGAGGUUUCAUCCGUCUCCCAAUGCUGGGCUACAUUUAUCGGGUGUCAAGUGUGAGCAGUGAUGAGAUCUGGCUCUGAGCUGAGGCCGAGACAGAGGAUGCCUUCUUGGCAUCUGGACCCCCUCCCGGUCCUCCUCCAAGGCAUCCUUUGCCUGGCCACGUUGCCAGCAUGGAGAGGCCACGCCACUGCCACUUUUGCUUGCCCUCUGGGACACAGGUAUCUUUGGCAAGGCUGCCAACUGGACCUAAGCCCUUGUUCCAACUUCAGUUGGAGGCCUAUGCCCAGGCCAAUGGAGCACUUUGUCUGGUGUGCCUGGAGGUUAUCCCACAUCUAAGGGUGGGGUGGCCCUGUUGGCUUGGGCCGGCUCCGUGCCCCACAGUGGUACGCUUCAGCACCUGAUACAGCAGGCAUGGGGCAGGCCUGGUUGGGAAGGCCCUGCAUGUCCUGGAUCUCCUUCCCGUGCUAUACGCAGCUUUGUUCCCUCAGGAAAAAGUAGGACCCUGCUAGCUAUAGAGAACCAAAUUGCCCUUUGCACAGGAACCAACCCCUGGCCCAGGGGUACUGGCCAAGCACAAACCAGUCCCUUUUGCUGCAUACCUCUUUACUCCCCUGUCCCCGCCUCCUCUUGGGCAUCAUAAGUUAUACAGUGGACCUUCUCCACUUCUUCACUGGGCACUAGACGUCCCCACUGGCCUGGCUCCUGGUGGUGCCAGUGCCUGGUGUUAGCAUAAGGCAGGAGAACAGUGGGAGGUGAGAAGCCUGCUGCAUCAAGACUGCAUGUAGCUCUGCAUCAUUUCCUUACAGUGUUAGCACUUUAAGCACAUCUCCUGGGGAGGGGGUGAGCUAGGACCCCAGGGCCGUCCAUGGCUUCCCCAAGUCUGGCCUUUUAAUGAUUCACUGUGAGUGCCCUGCGUCCUCAGGGUUGAUGGUUUCCCACUUAAAAUGUCUCCCCUACCGUGGGACCCCAGCAGGAAGCCGUUCCUCCUGUCCCACCCUGUGUUAAGGGGACAGUCAGAGUGGCACAUAAUUUGACAUUGCCAGAAACCUUAGGAAGACAUGGGAAAAGGAGGGAGACCACAUAUCCCAAAACAACCUAAGGACACUUUUGAAAAGCAACAUGGAAAAGAUCACAAACGAAUAGAGUGCUAAGUAUAUUUUUCCCUCCUUGAUAUCUUGUUUUGUAAUUUUUCUCAUGUUACUGCUAGGACAGUGCUGAGCACACAGUAGAUUCAAUAAACUUGACUGAGUGAAUGUUA